AUGGUGACAGGGUCAUUGAAUCUUUGUGAUAAGCCACGUAGGUCAUACGUCAAUCAGCAACUAAACGUUCCGAGGGUAGAAAAGAAAAAAGAUGCAACUACAUACAAAUCUUUCGAUUCUGUUUUAAAGAUUGGUGAUGAAGAAUAUGCGACUUCUACUGCCACACUGCGGUGUUUGUCACAGUCACAAGUUGUUUCGUCCAGUAAAGUAUCACUUGAAGGGGCACGUUCACAUCAUUUAAUACAAGUAGAUCCUGCUUCUACUGCGCCAGGCACAAAUUACCAUGUAAGCAAAUUACCUCUGGGUGUUUCGCUGUCAACAGAUCAUUUAAAUGUAUCUGCAACACGAACCACCUAUAGGCACAUUCCUGAUUCCAUGUUACAGAACGACGUCACAGGAUUAGCAGAAGCUGUUAAUCAUAGUAGUCGAAAUGAUUGUUGUUAUGGAAAAUCAACAUCGGAAAAGAGUUCUCCUCUUCUGGAGAAUAAGCAACUGCUGAAACACCAGCAUUCCAUGCUAGCAGGACUCAAAAUUCCUUCAACUAAUGCUGAAAUGAAAGUUGAGACUAGGAUGAUGCAGCUUUCUAACUUAUCUGCCAAGACUGCUGCGAUAUCAGCCGGUGACAAAGGAGCGGAGAAGACGAUCAUUGAGAUCCGUCGACCGUUAUCGUAUCCGGAAAGUAAUAAUAAACAAAUGAAUGCUCGGAAAGCUGUUACUGUAUCCCGUGGGGGUUCAUCACCACCUCAACCAGCACAAUUAUUCUCACGGCAUAAUGCUGUUUUUGCUGCAAAAGCUGUUGAUCAUGCUCGAUGGCAGGAACAAAAUCAAAAUAUAAUUAAGGAUCAGAAUCAGAACCGAAAGCGAUUAAUUACGGAACGAAAUCAAGAACAAAAUAAAGUUUUUCUGAAGAACAUAAUUGAACAGAAAAAGGAUAUUGCAAUAGACCAAAAUGGUGCUCUUCCAGGACAUCGCCAAUUUACGCCUACAACAAGUAACAGGAGAAAGGAAACGCAGUUGGAUCACGAAUAUGAUUAUUUUGGAACAGCAUCAUCAAGUUCUUCAAAUUCUAGUAAACAUUUUCAAAGACACAAUUAUGACGGCAAAUCUGAUGAGCGGGACAGUUCUAGUUUCCUGGCAGCCAUGACUACCAAUGAUGGUAUAACAUCGGCUGACACUAUGGUAUCUGAAUCAAUAAUACCAAUUCCUCGGGCCAUAUCAACUAUUCCACCUCCGGAACCGCCGGUGGAUUAUUAUGAGAAUAAUAUAAGUGACAAUACCGGUGGUAAGAAAUUAAACUCACAGCAGAAACUGUCAGCCAUCAAAAAAUCAGUAGGAAAUGGCACCAAAGUUCCAAACACUGGUUCAUCAAUCGUUGGAUCACGACGCUCACCGCAUCGCCAAACUGUAACAAAGAAAACUCGAGUAUACGUUGUCGAUGGUGUCCAAAUGACAUCAACAUCGCAUCAAGUAUUUGGAGUAAAACAGGAUUAUGAGUUGAGGAAACAGCAGUUGCAUGAGCUACGUCGUCUACAGCGUGAAGAAACGCGUCAACAGCGUGAAUUGAAUGGAAAAGCCGAAGCAUUGCGCAACGAACAAAUAAAACGUUUUGCUGCCGAUAAAGAAAAUAUCUACAAGAAGACAGACAAUGAGUUGCAAAUAUUGGCCAGAACGCAAAAGAGACAAUUAAAAGAGUGUGAAGAAAUACACAAUGAGGAUAUGAAGCAGUCAUUGAAGAGAAUGCAGAGUGAUCAGGAACGUGAAUUACGUAUAUUUCGCGAACAUCUGAAACAGGAACAACGCGAUCUGAAACUGGAAAUGGACGCAGUCCCAAAAACUCAACGUAAAGAUUGCUAUCGUGUGCGGAAGGAACAGUUGGAUAGCGACCAGCAAAAGAGGGAGACGAACUUUAUUGCUGAACAGCAAUCCGAACAAGCGGCACGAAUGGCUCGUAUUCAGCUGGAUCAUAAAAUGAAAAUUUUACAAAUUGAAAAGAAUUUCCAGCAACAGAAGCAUGCAAUCUUGAGAUCACGUGAAGCUUCGGAGUGGGAUCUUGAAGAAAAGCAACUGGCUGAACGACAUCAUCUCAACAAGCAGGAGUUAAAAGAUCGCUUUUAUCUACAAAGAACUCAAAUGCUUGCUCGGCAUCAAAGAGAGUUGGAUCAUAUGCGCCGUGUAAAUGAAAUGGAUGAAGAGGAGCAAAUACGUUUGUAUGCUAAUUUCAAAAAACGUUUACCUAAAGAUUUCCGUACCGAAUCCAAAACUCGAAUUGCUAUGUUCAAAGAGAGUCUGCGUAUUUCUUGUCAGAAGAAUGAUCCUGCAACGCUUAAUGAGAAAAUACGAGCUUUUGAAGAGAAAGAAAAGCAGCGUGUACGAAAUGCUUUGGAAGAGCAUGACACUAAAUACGCUCGAAAACUGAGAGAACUGAAGGAGAAAAAUGCAACAGCUAUACGCGAACUAGAAGAGAUUCAUAGUGAGAAACGUAAAAUGCUGUUGGAAGCAGAGGAAAACAAAAUGGAAAUGUACGAGAAAGAAUAUGAACAAGUGAUAGCUGACUGGAAAGCUGGCUUACCUAUUAGAAAACAGGCACUAGAAGCAGAAUUUGCUCGUGAGCUCGAUGAAGUAGAAGCAUUCUACAGAAAGGAGAAUGCGCAGUUACAGCAGUUGUCCACAGCAAUUUCUCCAACUAGUUCCAUAUCUAGCAGACAAGAAAUAAUUGUUGGACCACUUACGGCUACAGUAAUCGGUAAUUCGGUUCUUUGAAGAGGGUAGCGCAACAGUCUAUAUAGUGUGUAUUACUGUUAUGUUUUGGAAAUUUCCUGCAAAUUAUUUAUGAUCUGUUUAUAAUUACUGGAAAGUGCCUGAUUACAUUUAUGUAGCGAUAUUCAUUUAUAUGUUUAGAUGCGUUUAACUAAUCAAUUCAUACAUGAGCUUAACUUCAUUUCGCUCAGGA